AUGGAGUGUCUUUCGAUGCGCACUGGACGCUCGCUCCAGAGGUUGGGUCUUCGUGCUCGCUCGCUCGCACCUGUACCUUCUGCCUCCCUUAUUUCAUACAGACAAUAUGUGCUGGUCCCGACUCCCCGGCGCAUGAAAGCCCACCAAUCCGACCAAUCAGACCAAUCCAAUCCCUUGAAUACGCGAGCGUCCCUGGAGGAAAUACCUGAGCCUCCAGCUGAAUCCUCUGCUCAAGCUCAACCCUUGACAGGAUACUAUGCCUUGAUUCUGCGCUCGCCUACCCCAUAUGGUGGCCAGGCGGUGACAUCGCGACCAACACCUCGGCCCGAAGCCGCACCGAGUGCAUCCGUCGAGCCCCAAACGCCGCAAGAAAGAAUGGCAAUUGUGUUUGGUACUCGUCUCGCAGGUCCUGGGCGAUCCUCGCGCUACAAUCCCGGGGAACAGCCGGAGUCGGCAUGGAAAACCAUCAACGGAGUACCCAUUCCUCCCCAACCCGAAGAACCAGACAACUGCUGCAUGAGCGGGUGUGUAAAUUGUGUCUGGGACGACUUCCGAGAUGAGAUGGAAGAAUGGGGAAACAGACUGGCCACCGCAAAAGCCAAAGCGGGCGAUGAGCAAGGCGCAAAGGACAUGCGCUCGGCGCCUCGAGCAGAGGUCAGCUCUGCCAGUGGCAGCAUGGACGACGACGGGGGAGGCAGCGAGGCUCUUUGGACCAAACCCAGUCAAGACGACGAUUUGUUUGCCAACAUCCCAGUUGGCAUUCGCGAGUUCAUGAAGACCGAGAAAAAGUUGCGAGUGAAACAUCAAAAGGAGGCCGCGCCGUGA